AGGAUGACAGUGUCCAAUUACGUGAGCUUGCUGUACUGUUGUGCUUUUCUAAUAUAUAUAUCCUUCAUGGUCUUUGGACAUACAUCCUAGAUCACUCAUUAAAACCUGCUAAUACACCCUUUGCUCACAAUGCCGGGACACAUCAAUACUCCCACAAACGGUUCCGCCAAUGGAGCAGCGGGCCAAAGCGAGGCACCGCCCAAGGAGUUGGUUGAUGAGAUGCAGAGGCUUUUCGGAAAGCACACAGGAUACAGGACGACGCAUGCCAAAGGUCUUCUUGUAGAAGGCAUAUUCACACCUACUGAGCAAGCCAAGACCCUGUCAGUAGCUGCUCAUUUCAACAAGGCCGACACCCCUAUCAUAGCCCGCUUCUCGGUAGGCGGUGGUAUCCCCCACAUCCCCGACGCAGACGAUGGUGCUACACCGAAAGGACUUGCUAUUCGCUUCCUGAUUGAUGAGAACACACACACAGACCUGGUCAGCCACACAUUCAAUGGUUUUGCAACCCGCACAGGGGAAGACUUCCUCGCCUUUCUCAAAGUCUUCCGUGCGUUUCAGACCGCGAAGGCGGCACUGGACAAGGCCAAAGCUGGGGGAGGCGACACCACCAAAGAGACAGCAGACUUCAAAGCAGCAGCAGGUCAAUUCCAGGCCUUCCUCGGCACCCACCCUUCAGCAGCAGUCUUCGUCGGCUCGCCCAAGCCCAACCCGCUCAACUAUGGCACCAUCACAUACUGGGAGCCCAACACACACGUCUUAACCAACGCAGACGGCAAAGUCACAAACGUCCGCUACCGCCUCGACCCCGCAGACGGCGAGCACCUGUACCCCAACGACCCUGCGCAGUUGAAGAAGCUCGACCAGAGCUAUCUCGAAGAGGACCUCGAGACCCGCUUCCCGGCGAAGCCUAUCGUCUUCACCAUCCAAGCACAUAUCGCCAACGACGACGAUGUGCUCGACGACGCCACUGUGCCGUACAAGAGCACAACGUUCGUGCCGGUUGGCAAGCUGGUGAUCAACAAAGUAAGCGACGAUAACGUGGCGAAGCAGCAGCAGAUUGCGUUCAGUCCGACGCCAGAUCGUGGUGGCAUUGCUGGUAUCGCUGCGAGUCAGGACCCACUGAUUCAGGUGAGACGGGGUGUGUAUUACAUCAGUGCUGAUCAGAGGAGACAUGAGAAGCAGGUGGAGUAGCUACGUGGGUCAAGUUGAUUGAGCAUGGUCUGUACCAGUUGGGCCAUGUCUCGAGUCAAUAAUUUUCUUCGUGGACGAAAGCGGUUGUUCACAAAAUUAAUAGAUCUAUUGUGGUAUGGAAUGAAUAACCUGUUGCCAUCAUUCGUCUUUAAAAGUUGGCAGCGACAGAUAUUCAUUGGCGAUCAGACCAAUCUACUAGUCUGUUCGCCGUUGAAUACUUGUUUGUAGUCAACUCUGAUCGUUAUUGAC